UAACAGCAGAGUUAUCACUAAAAACAUCAGCCUUAUUUCUCCGUGCUUCUUAUACUUAUACUAAAAACAUUCAGCAAGAAGUAUACAUUGAAGUAUACUACAAGUAGAGAGAUUCAAUGUCAAAUCUACAAAUUGUUCCUUACGGCCAGGGAAAGAAUGUAAAGGCGCAGGAGGUGGAAAUGAGAGUACCCUUGUAUUCUUUUGGCUGUGAACGCAAAAUCCGAAAGGCACUCUCUCAAAUAAAAGGAUUAUAUUCGGUGGAAGCAGAUGUACAUCAUCAGAAAGUCACAGUGGUGGGAAUGGUUGAUCGGAAUGAGAUAUUAGAAGCCAUCAGAGCCAAGCGAAAGGAAGCAGAUUUCUGGACAAAUGAUCCAAAUUUUUGCAAGCCCGAAAUUAAAUCCAAUCCUCCUCCUGCGAAUAAGGAAAAAUCAUGUGCAAGUUUACCAAGAAAUGGAAGUUCAAGGAGCUUAAAUCCAGGUGUUCUGGCGAAAUCAAUUAAAGUUUCGUUUACCAAGAAAUUGGCUUCUUUUAGAGGAAGAAAAUAGAUCUGGGAGGAAUUCAGGGAGUUCAUAUGUGGAUAUCUGAGAAAGGAAAAGCAGGCUUACAGAUUAUUAAGAAUAGCUGUAUGUAGAUUUAGGUAAAUUGAUCUGCUUAGAAUUUUUGUCUAAGUUAGUAAUUCCUAUGUGCAUAUGGAGGAUCUAUUAUCUUCAACUAUCAGGGUGAUGAAGGCUAUGAAAGAUGGUUUCUUAAUGGUGGAUUCAAUCUCUGGUUGAAAUAAGAAGUGAUUGAUCAAAUGGGAUGAGGGAUGUAGCCUUAUUUUUAUUAUAAGGAAUUUGGCAGGAAAAGAAAGUGCCCUGCAAUUUUUGAGCAAGCUAUGGAAGGAGAUUUAAAGUUGCUUUCAUCAUGGUCUAUACAUUGAAUGGUUACAUGCACUGAGAAUAAAGAGCUAUCAUGUUUAAUA